AUGUACAUCACCCUCUACUACAUAGUCACCUGGCUCCUUAACUCUCUCCGCGUAGUCAGGGACCACUUCCUCUCAGUUUACCCCACCACUCUCACCGUUGACCUCCUCGAGAAGGCCCUCCUAGCGGUAGAGAAGAGCAUAGUCGGUGUAGGAGCCUCUCGUGGUGACCCUCGCACCCCCGUCUUUGAGGGGUGUUCUCCCUCCCCCCUCUUGCCCUCUGUUGCCUCUGUUGCAGCGGCCGACCUCGUUGGCUUCGAGUCGGUCGGCGCUGCGUCUGCCCCGAGCGGGAGACGCCGCACCGGCAAGGGCAAGGGGGGCAAGGACGCUGGAGGGGCUGGAGGGGGCGGUGGAGGUGGUGGUGGAGGGAGUGGAGGGAGUGGGGGUGGUAGUGGGAGUGGUGCCAGGGGUGGCGGCGGCGGCGGCAGCAGUGGAGGCGGCGGAGGCGGUGGUGGUGGCGGAGGGAGCGGAGGCGGCGGAGGGACCAGAGGCGGCGAAGGUGGCGGAGGAGGCGGAGGUGGAGGAGGCGGCGGAGGCAGCGGUGGCGGCGGCGGUGGCGGAGCGGGUCGCGACUCUGCACAGAGGAGUGGCUCAGGUGGUGGUCGGCGCCAGCAGCAGCGGAGCGGUGUGACCCUGUCCCCUCAGCAGCUUCGUGAGUGGUACACUGCGCGUCAGCGCGAUGGAGGCAUUGAGGCUACUGCUCUAGGUGCUGGUGAGGCUGCUGCUCUAGGUGCUAGUGCGUCAGCUGCCCCAGGUGCUAGUGCGUCUGCUGCCCCAGGUGCUGGUGAGUCUGCGCUCUCAGGUACUACGUCGGCUCAGGCCUUACACACCUUCACCCUUGACUCGGGUGCACCCCGCUCUUUCUUUCGAGACCGCACCACUCUUACGCCGCUCAGUCGGCCGGUUGCAGUCUCCCUGGCAGACCCCUCUGGGGGUCCUGUCCUUGCUAGCUUCUCCACUGUCUUACCGUGCCCGGCAGCCCCCUUUGGCACCCUGUCAGGUCUCUACCUCCCCUCGUUCUCUACAAACUUGGUGAGUGGAGCGGACCUACAGGAUAGGGGGGUUGACCAGUUCACUCCUGCUAGUCAGCGAGUGACCCACUGCACGUGUGCUCGGACAGGCCGACACUUGGCCACGUUCACCCGUCGGCCAGGGUCGAGCCUGUACACCCUUACUACUGAGUCUCCUCCGGCUGCUAAGUCUGGCCAGGUAGCUGCGUCGAGUCAGGGGCGACAGCGCGCCGCCCCUCACUCCUCCGAGUUUCCUCUGACAGAGGCUCCGCUGCAGACUCUCCACAUGGACGUGUGGGGCCCAGCCCGCGUCAGUGGGCAGGGGCGCGAGCGGUACUUCCUGCUGGUGGUUGACGACUACUCACGUUACACCACAGUCUUCCCCUUGCGCAGCAAGGGUGACAUCACUGAGCAAAAUGGGAUUGCUGAGCGCCGCAUUGGCAUGGUCAUGGACGUCGCUCGUACGUCCAUGAUGCAUGCGCCUGCCCCCCAUUUUCUGUGGCCGUUUGCGGUUCAGUACCCCGCGCAUCAGCUCAACCUUCAGCCCCGGGUCUCCUUGCCAGACACCUCCCCCGCCUUGCGGUGGACCGGGAAGGUUGGCGAUGCGUCUGCAUUUCGGGUCUGGGGAUCUCGGGCGUUUGUCCGCGACUUGUCUGCGGACAAGCUGUCCCCCCGUGCUGUUCCCUGCGAUUUCCUUGGCUUCCCCCCUGCCGCGCCUGGUUGGCAGUUUUACCACCCCACCUCGCGCCGUGUUCUGUCCUCCCAGGACGUCACCGUUGACGAGUCGGUACCUUACUACCGUCUCUUCCCCUACCGCACUGCGCCUCUCCCCCCGCCGCCGCUCUUCCUUGCACCAGGUCCUCCCCCGAUAGAGCCCCUCCCCCCUCAGGGUCCUGCCCCGUCAGGUGUGUCCCAGAUAGACGUAGUCGAGCCUGUCGAGGUAGUUGUUGACUCUGGUGCUGCUAGAGGUGCUGAGCCUGCGGGUGCCGGGUCUGGGGGUGCUGAGACUGGGGGUGCUGAGUCUGGGGGUGCUGAGACUGGGGGUGCGGAGCCUGGGGGUGUGGAGCCUGGAGGUGCGGAGCCUGGGGGUGCUGAGCCUGGGGGCGCUGGGUCUGCUCGUGUGGACGCCGGCGGUGCUUCGUCGAGGCGGGAGUCGCUCUCUCCACAGGAGCUGCGCGAGUGGUUUGCCCGUCGCUGGAGACGUGCUGCUGAGACUGGGGGUGCUGCUCGGGCUACUGGAGUUGGUCCUGCUGGAGCUGCUACCGGUACUGGUGCUACUGGAGCUGGAGCUGCUAGGGGUGUUGGCGCUGGUGUUUCUACUGGCGCUGGUGCGUCUGGGGGUGCUGCUGAGGCUGCUGGAGCUGCCGGUCCUACUGGAGUUGGUGUUGCUGGAGCUGGAGCUGCUGGGGGUGUUGACGCUGGUGGUACUGCUGGCGCUGGUGCUUCUGAGGGUGCUGGAGUUGGCGCUGGUGGAGCUGGAGGUGCUGCUGGCGCUGGUGCUGCCGCUGGGAGUACUGGUGCCAUCCUUGCUGGUUCUGGAGGCGGUGCGCGGCCGAGGCCGUACUGUCGCAGUCACAGUUACAGCCUGCCUCCCCUCUUCCUGCUCCUUCUCCCUACACUGGUCCUACAGGAGGUCUUGCUAAGCGUCGUGAGCCUGCGUCUCGUCCUGCGUCGCCUGUUCGUGCUGCUCGCACUAGUGGUCGUACUGCGCGUCCGCGUCCUCCUGCGGUCCCCGGGUACACACCAGAUGGCACUACGUCCUUCCACUGCUCCUCUGCGUGUCCCGUUUCCGUCUCCUCCAAAGUCCUCUCUUCCUUCUCUUGCUGACCCGGAGUCUGACUCCCUUCGUGCUGCUAGUCCUUCGGUCACGCGCCUUCUUGCUACUGUUGUCACUGACCCUUCCUUUGAGUCCACUGCUGCGUCUGCCCUAGUUGCUGAGCUUGCCGACUUCGCUGCUCGCUGUCGUCUAGACUACGCUGCUAGUCUCGUUGCUAAGUCUGAGUCUGUCUGUCCUCCGUCCGUUGAGGGUGAGUGUGCUCUUAGCAUGGACGUCCUUGAGGACAGGCAGGAGGAGUUCCAGUGCUUUGCUGCUGCUUUGCCCCAUCUUGUGUCCACGCUGAUUGCCCCUGAGGGAGACCCGGAUGCACUAGACAUCCCGACUCCUCGAUCGUACGCUGAGGCGAUCGAGGGUCCCUACUCCUCUCAGUGGCAGUCGGCCAUGGACGCAUAG